GUGAUCGGAGGGAGCUAGCUAGGGGUCGCUGUCGUUGGCGGGUGCGGGGAGGUGGCGGUUACGGCGAAGAAGGCCAAUAGAAAAACGCGGGGCUCCGCCGCGUCGCUCUCCGGCCGCGGUGCUCCUGGAUUGUAGCCAGCCUUGGCCCGCAAUCCGUCCGCGCUUUCCGGCCGCGUCCCCUUCCCCUGCCCUCCGCGCGCGCCACCCACCUCGGUCGCGCCCAGGCCAUCACCACCACCGCGCGCGGGAUAUAUAGACCCCGCCGCGGCCUCGUCCCUCCUCAUGCGAUCGAUAUAGCUGCUCCAUCCGUUUGAAGGCUGGCUGCUGCUGGCCGAGGGAGGCGCUGCAUGCUGCUGCAAGCUACGAAGCAGUAGCAAUUGCAGGCGCGCGCGCACAAGUUCAUAUUAACUUGCUACCAGUUCGGGAGCUAUACUUUGAUCCGCGGAAGAAGAUGGACGCAUUCUCCCAUGUCCCGCCAGGUUUUCGUUUCCACCCUACUGACGAGGAACUCGUGGAUUACUACCUUAGGAAGAAGGUAGCACUGAAGAAGAUAGACUUGGACGUCAUAAAAGAUAUUGAUCUGUACAAAAUUGAGCCUUGGGACCUACAAGAACAAUGCAAGAUUGGAAACGAGGAGCAGAACGAGUGGUACUUCUUCAGCCACAAGGACAAGAAGUACCCGACGGGCACACGCACCAACAGGGCGACCACUGCCGGCUUUUGGAAGGCCACCGGGAGGGACAAGCCGAUCUAUGUCAAGAACUGCCUUGUUGGGAUGAGGAAGACGUUGGUUUUCUACAGGGGCCGGGCUCCCAACGGACAGAAGUCGGACUGGAUCAUGCACGAGUAUCGCUUGGAGACCAACGAAUACGGAGCUCCCCAAGAGGAAGGAUGGGUGGUCUGCAGGGUGUUCAAGAAGCGAGUCGCGGCGGUGCAAAGGGCGGCCGGCGACGGCGGCGACUCACCUUUCUGGUUCAACGAGCACGUCGCGUUCAUGGCGCCGGCGCCAGGCCUCGACUCGCCGUACCAUGGCCACCGCCAGAGCCACCCUUGCAAGCUGGAGGUAGAGUAUCACCACCACCUCCUUCCUCAGGAGGCGGCGCCGUUCAUGCACCUCCCAAGGCUGGAGAGCCCCAAGCUACCGGCCGCCGACAUCAUUGUCGCCACCGCAGCGUCGUCCGCUCUCCAGCCGUGCGGCCACACGACGGCGCAGCAGCUGCAGCUGCAGAUCGAGCCGGUCUACGUGACGGCCGAUGCGUCGGCAGCAGAUUGGAGGGAUCUUGACAAGCUGGUGGCGUCUCAGUUCGGCCACGGCGACUCGACUGCGAAGGAGCCCAGUUACUGCAAUCCGGUGCAGGUGUUUCAGGUCGAGGGGAAGCAGGAGGAUAGCUUGGAUUACGUGUCCACGUCUGCCUCCUGCGGAGGGGAGGAGGAUUUGUGGAAAUAGCCGCGUGAAUGAUGCAAAACACAUACUAACAUAUACGCCAUUGUAUACAGCCUAAUAACAUUGCGGUGUGAUUUGAUACAGUGUAUAAAUAGCUAGCAUUGUCAUGGUAAUUACCAACUGCCCAUCUAUAUAUACUAAUAAAGUAUAACCGAAGUGGUUAUACAUGCAUGCAUGAUUAAUUAAUUUGCCAUCAAAUCUUCCGUGU